GAACUUGUGAUCCAAUUCCCAAAGUGCCGGGUACUCUCUUGAAGGCCCCUCCCAGACAAACCCUGCUCUGUGCCAGGCCGAGUCAGGCGUGAGAAGGAGGAAGUAGGCUGCCCAGAGGAAGGAUUGCCCCUGGCACAGACACCUCGGAGCAUUCUCGAGUUUAUUGUCUCUGAAUAGAGGAAGUGGACACUCAAAGUGGUGAACGGAUUUGCCCAAGGUCACCGAGGAGUCUGCAGUGAGGCCAAGGUUUGCGCCCUGUCCCCAGCGAAUGGGUACGGUUCUGUUCAGAGAGAGCAUAUGCUGGCCAGCCCAGGGAUGUGAGAUCAGGGCAGCCUCUGCGCCCACUUCCCAGUGCGCCCCUCUGCACAGGUGGCACUCCGCGUGCCCUGUGGGGGCGGCAGCGAGCCGGACCGCAGGGACACCCAAGCUGGGGGCUGUGGAGCCUGCCGAACCCGGCUUGGUUAGGAGCAGGAGGAUGCUCUGCGUGCCCAGGGUCCUGUGGGCACUGAAAUCCAACGUCCUCAUGCCCAUUUCCUGUAAUGGACAAACUUGAUGCUAAUGUGAGUUCCAACGAGGGUUUCAGGUCCGUGGAGAAGGUCGUGCUGCUCACGUUCCUUGCAGUGGUUAUCCUGAUGGCCAUCUUGGGCAACCUGCUGGUGAUGGUGGCUGUGUGCAGGGACAGGCAGCUCAGGAAAAUAAAAACCAACUAUUUCAUUGUGUCUCUCGCCUUUGCUGACCUGCUGGUUUCGGUGCUGGUGAUGCCCUUUGGUGCCAUUGAGCUGGUCCAAGACAUCUGGGCUUAUGGGGAGAUGUUCUGCCUGGUCCGGACCUCUCUGGAUGUCCUACUUACCACAGCAUCGAUCUUUCACCUGUGCUGUAUUUCCCUGGACAGGUAUUACGCCAUCUGCUGCCAGCCUUUGGUUUAUAGGAACAAGAUGACCCCUCUACGCAUCGCAUUAAUGUUGGGAGGCUGCUGGGUCCUUCCCAUGUUUAUAUCUUUUCUCCCCAUAAUGCAAGGCUGGAACAACAUCGGCAUAGUUGAUGUGAUAGAGAAAAGGAAAUUCAGCCACAACUCUAACUCCACGUGGUGUGUCUUCAUGGUCAACAAGCCCUAUGCUAUCACCUGCUCUGUGGUGGCCUUCUACAUCCCGUUUCUCCUCAUGGUGCUGGCCUAUUACCGAAUCUAUGUCACUGCUAAGGAGCAUGCCCAGCAGAUACAGAUGUUACAACGGGCAGGAGCCACCUCUGAAAGCAGGCCCCAGCCAGCUGACCAGCACAGCACACAUCGCAUGAGGACAGAGACCAAGGCAGCCAAGACUUUAUGUGUCAUCAUGGGCUGCUUCUGUUUCUGCUGGGCCCCCUUCUUUGUCACCAAUAUUGUGGACCCUUUCAUAGACUACACUGUCCCCGAGCAGGUGUGGACUGCUUUCCUCUGGCUUGGCUAUAUCAAUUCGGGGUUGAACCCUUUUCUCUAUGCCUUCUUGAAUAAGUCUUUCAGACGUGCCUUCCUCAUCAUCCUCUGCUGUGAUGAUGAGCGCUACAAAAGACCCCCCAUUCUGGGCCAGACUGUCCCCUGUUCAACCACAACCAUUAAUGGAUCCACCCAUGUACUAAGGGAUACAGUGGAAUGUGGUGGCCAGUGGGAGAGUCGGUGUCACCUCACAGCAACUUCUCCUUUGGUGGCUGCUCAGCCCAGUGAUACUUAAGCCCCUGGGACAAUGACCUAGAAGACAGCUGUGGCUUGAAACGAAGCCAGUCCUAAGCUGCUACUUGUGUGUAUGUGGCUGGCCCUGGCACUCUCUUCUCCAAGGCUUUCCAAGAGCAUGAGGCAAUCCGCACUGGACUUUCCCGCCAGGAAUCCAGCAGGCGGUAUUUGAGGAAGUCAGGGGAGAGAAGGGCUUCCUCCUUCCCUUCGCUUUCUGUUUCUCAAGAGUUCUUCUUCCUGGAGUCUCCACUCUUGCUUGGUGGUCUCUGAAGUCUAUGACCUAGUCUCCUUGCUGUUUUCAGUCUGUCCUGUAAACGUUUACUGUGUUCAAUUUUCUGUUUCCAAACAUGCCUUCUUUGAAGUGUCAUCUUACAGAUACUGUCAAAACAUGUGCAUGUCUUUAUCACAUUUCUUGCUUGGUCACAUCUACCAUAGCUGUGUUCAGACACUCCACCAUCUUUCCUUUGCUCUCUUCUCUGCUGGGCCCUUGUUCACUUUCUUUCCUUUGUCUGGGUAUAGACAUGUAUCCUCUUGGCCAACCCUGUGUCAGCCACAGAACUCUGUUUUCUUUUUCCUGUGUUUAGUGGUACCAUUCUCUUCAGGACAGGCUCCAUCCAUUUGCAGUCGGAGACACAGAAGAGAGAUCCGUCAGUGGGAAACGGUCUCUGCAGAAACCCUGGAAGGAAGUCAGGACCAGAUCUAUCUCAUCUGAGAGAUUUCACUUUCCUUUCAGCUUAGCACACCUAAAGAGCCUUAGGCAGGGCUGGUUCAUCACAUGCAUCUAUUAAGAGAUGCUCAGACUCUUCUAUGAGCUUGUGGUGAAACACACAGUAGCAGCUCAAAACCUCAGAGUAUGGCUUUGCUGCUUCCAGUGGACCUUACUGAUGGAUGCUCACCUUGUGGAGCCUUGUCACUCUUGCUAUCUUCUAGGUGGAGAAGUCCAGAAAUGCUAGUAAUGAGAAAACAGAAUCUGGCUCCAAGUCAGAGGACCCAAAUGUAAGCCCAGGCCCUGCUUCUGAAACGCUGUGAGACCAUGAACAAUGUCUUUCCAUCUAUGAAUUUCACUCUCUACAUUGCCAAAUUUAACUUGGAGCAGAGGAGUCUUUAAGAUUUCUUUCCAUUUCUAAGACAAUAGGAUGCUGCUAUAGCCUGCCAUCUGCUACCUCAAAAGCUCAUGGCCUGCCUACCUGUUGGCUUUGUUUCAAAGGAAUGGCCCUCCUGAUUUGGGCAUGCUAGACUUCUGACUUGAUCAUCUGUGCAAACUGGUGAAACACAGUGAACCUGGUGUCUUUCACUCAAAGCCGAGUCCAUAGUUUGUCUCAACUACCCGAGAGCAAAGGCUCUGGUGAUGGAAGCACCACUUCUCAGAGCCAGGUGAGGUUCAGCUUUCGCCUUGACUGUGGUUUGAUUCCACCUCAGGACUAUGCACUGCACCGUUCUCUUGAGCUUCUCGUGGAAUGGCACUUGCUAUUCCUGUCAGCAUUGACUUUCAUUCUGGAACUGAACUUGGCAGGAAAUAGACUUUGGAAUGAGGAAGAGAAGAUUGCCAAAACCAGUCAAAUGCCAAAAAAGAAUUCUCUGUUAUGUGAAGACUUAAAUUUUCUUGAGCACGAGUCUUAGCAAAAGGAAGUAGACCCUGAGAGAGAACUCCUAUAUGCUGCUGGGGAAAGAAAAAAAAAAGCUCUGUGCUAAGAAAUAUUGAUGCUGAGAUGGUUCGUGUCAAAACUGAUCCAAUGGAGCAGUUCUCACUGGAGGCCUCUUCUCGUCAACCAUGAAGAGAGUUGAAGCAUCACCUUGCAUACUGACGUUGUAGCGGGAUCAGUCCACUUUGAUUUUUAACUCCUUGCUUCCUUGCCGUGGCUAAGCUCAGCACUCAUUUGGAGGCAAGCAGUGUUUUGAAGCUGGUUCUUUUUAAUACAAGAGAUGAGAUGCAACCAACUUGCCUCGACUGACCAUAUGCCCACCCCGUCAACGAACAUGGUGGUGGGUGAGUGGCUCAGGCACUGAGUCAAUGAUGGACUGGCUGAGUGGAUGGAAUUGAAAGCUGGAUGGUGUGAGCCUCAGGAACACUUCUGAGUACUCUGAAACAGUUGAUGUGGAGAGAAAUUAUGUUUAUGGAGACAUUUUGUAAAAUAUAAAGGGGCAGCUCAUAUGUUUGUUAUUAUUAUGGGUAUUUUGAAUUACUGUGCUCUCAAGACCACUUUUUUUUUUCACUAAAAAAUGAGGUCAGUUUAGAGUGAGGUUUCUGUGUUGGAAACAAAACCCAGAGCAACCCUUGGGUACCAACAUGCCCCUGGGUACUCAUUCCUUAUUAAUUGCUUCUCAUUGGUUGCUUAGCCCACACAUUUAUACAUCACCCUUCAUUUAAAGGGAUUUCUUUGUUCUCAAAGGGGUGAAUAGAGAAGGAGACCGUGGGCAAGUUUUGGUAAGAAUGGCUCUAAUUUUAUAUGUAACUUCAUAGUUUCAUAAGCUAAGUUCAUAUACCUGCUUUUUAUAUAAAAAUGUAUCUGAAAAAAAUUCCCUAUACAUAAAACUAAUUCCCACCUUACAAAUAAAAUAUAUACAUAAUAUAUAUUUAUUUAAUAUAUAUACAUAUACACUAUAUAUGUACAUAUAUAAUAUAUAUUAUAUUAAAUGUGGACCAAUGUAUGAAUGGCCAGCUGACAAGAAUGUUACAUAAUGGGUCACUAAGUUACUGAACAAGGAUAGACUUUGAUAUUUCCUGACCUGAUGAUAAGCCACUGUUGACUACAGCAUAAUGUCGUUUUAUCUAAUACUUUUAUUUUGUUUACAGUUUGUCCAUGUGUAGUUACCAGUGGGGCCACUUGUAUUAUUUGUAGUUCAAUGAAGCCUCUAGUAUAAUCAAUCCAGUAAGUACAUGUGUGCCUGCUGUUGAGAACAUGAAGCAUAAAUCUUACGAGUUUAGGGGUUGGGGAGUUCCAACUAUGGUGUCAUGAACUGGUUGGCUAUACCUGUGGUUUAUUGACGCUAAUAUUUUUAAGGUACCAAGAGCCCUGAUUAUUACCUUGUUUCCAUGGAAAGCAUCCUUGGUUUUAUGACAGAUCCUUUUGAUGCAGUUUCCAGGAAUAUGUUCUUGGAAAACACAGGGACCUUCACAGGUUUUGUUUUUAAACUGAUUAAUUAUAUUUAUUGAUAAAAUAUUGUUAUAUUACACAUGUUUGUAUGACUUCAUCUGUACAUGUUUAAAUAAGUUAUACAUUAUGACAAAUCUUAAAUCAUAAAAGAAAUAAUUGAGUUUUGAGUAUGCAAUAAAAUGCCAAAGAUAGCCCGUGUGUGCCAGUACCAUGAAACAUCUCUGUAACCCUCAGAACCAGGUCAUCCCCUGGAAGCUAUGGCAACUGGAACUGGAAAUUUUCUCUCUUGGUUAUCAAUUCUCCUUAAAAUAAGCCCAGAAGCUCGGGUCUCUUAAGAAAUGUGAUUCUACCUGCCUGUCUGCUUGCCUGUCACCUUUAUUAAGGCAUCAAGCACUAGGAUAGAUCUCUUUGGCAUAGUAAUCCUGUGGCCGGCCACAGUGUGGGCAUACAGCUCAGACAUACUAAAGACAGAAACUAUAUAUAGGGAGUCCUUCCCAGCAGUGUGAUCAUAACAUAUGCUUACAUGCUGGAUUGAAAUGAUUAAGCAUGUGCCUCCUUGCUUAGAGCAUGUUUUAAAUACAAGAAACCAACCUAGAACCUAACCAAAUCCUUUCAGGGCAAGUUAUAUGUUGAUAAAAUUUUAGUCCCAUCUUUUUUGAAUUUAUGACAUUGAAAAGACUUCCACAAACUGGGGCAGAGUGUGGAAUAAGCUCCAACUCUUCAACUCUUGGGACCUCUACCUUCUGACAUACAAUGAAGACAAUGGAACGAUUAUCAGGUUUUCAAGUCAGAAUUCUUUCUCCAUACAAAGAGUUUCCAGAGACUUAUUGCAUAAGAGAUUCAAGGAGUUCUGUAAUUCUGAAUUUCCCCUAUCUGUUCACUUCAACUCACACACUAGAAGGACACUUGUCAGGAACUAAAUCCUAAACUGGGCCUGAUGGUGCCUGGUUUCCCUUCAUUCUUUGUUUUUCUAAAAUAGGGUCCACAGAACUGAUGCAGGCACUAGAUAAAUAUGUCUAGGUGCCAGUUCUUGACCUCGAUUCUCAUCUCCCCCUUACUUAUAAAACCUCUCCUUGCAAACUCUACCACCUGGAACUUCCUGGAAUGAAAACUUAAGCCAGUACCAAAUAUGGAGUAUCUGCUAUGUUCAGGUGAAGUUCUAGGUCCUAAAAAUGUCCUACAAGAGGGACUAACCCAGCUUUUUCUGCCCACUGUGAAACUUAACCCUUCUAACAGCAUUACAGGGUUCAAAGGAACAGUUUUGAGCAGACUAUGUAUUAGGAGCCUAUCAAUACUGACCACUGACAAUCUUUCUGUUUUAUAAAAUAGAAAAUAAGCAAGAAGACACAAGUAUGUGAAUGAUACAGGUUUAGAUGUUGGUGUGAGCUGUAGGGGGCAUAAAUAAGAAGUAUAGCCUCCAAAGGAUGAUAUGCCACUAUUGCCUGGCUCAUGAGGAGGGUGUAGACGAGAUCUCUGUGAUCAGAGACAAGGCGUGGUGGGGAUAUUAUGUAGGACAGAGAGAGCAGCAAAUGCCGAUUCCCUUGGGUUGCAGUGAUCAUGACCCGGGCAGCUGGAGUUAAGGGAGUGUGAGACUGUUGCAGGAGGUGGGUGGGCUCAGUGAAAUGUGUAAAACCCAAUGCUAAUUCACACACUUAGACUGUGGCUCUUUGUUGACUUUAAGUUAGCUGCUUGCAAAUAUGAUCCUACUCAAGGAAAAAAAAAUAAAGAAAAAUCAUCCAAAAAGAGGUUUCCUACUAAAUCAGAAGUAAGGGCCAUCCAUUGAGUGUGUCAUCAGUAGAUAAUUUUUAUAGUGUUUCUUGGCAUACAUCUUGACUGACAUUGUUCUUCCACAACUGGCAUUACCUUUUAUGUACAGUGGCACAUUAGACCCUAAUAUCUGAUUCUGCACUGCCGUCACCCCAUCUGAACCCUUCAGAGAAUCCUCGCUACACACAAGACUAGGUCUCCUACUGUUUUCUUGAUACAAAUGCUUAUGCCGACACUUGUAGUUAUUUCCUCUUCAUCCCGGCAAAGCAAAUGAGAUAGUCUGGAUUACUACGUCAUUUCUCUUUGAAGUUCUUCAGUCAACCUAUUUCUCCAGCUCCCUGGGCAUCCCCCAUCUCUCGCAUGCUGUAUCUCAGAUGUCACCUUCUACUUAAUUUUUUCCAGCAUUCAUGACAGCCUUUAUUUUAUUUUAUUUUAUUUUAUUUUAUUUUAUUUUAUUUUAUUUUAUUUUUAAGAAAAAGCAAGCAAACAAACAAACAAAAAACCUUUUUCUGGCCAAUCUCCAAGACUUUAUUUGUUCUUCCCCUGUGACAUUUUAUGUGCUUCUCAGUGUGAUUAUUAGUGAUUCCUGGGCUCCCUCAGCAGCUGCCUCUCGUGCCCAGCACAGGUGCUUGUGCACCGAAGCUAUCCAGCAUCUGAACUAAGUUCGCAUGGGUAGAGGAAUUCAGAGCCGUUCACUAUUGCAUCUGCACAGUGCCACCCAUCUCCAUCCCUUCUACCCCAGACUUCAUGUAGCUCUCACAUUUAAUACACCACCCACUGCAAAAGCUGCAGCCUACUGAUAAAAGGAGUUUUACUUUCUGUGACAAUGAAAUCAAGAUGCUUAUCAUAUUUCUCGCAAGUCGCUAAAGGAUUAGCAUUUUAAAAAUACCAUUAUUUCUCUGGUCUACCACAGGCCUCUUUUCUUUUCUUUUUUUUUUUUUUUUUCUUUUUUCUUUCUUGGUUCCCGUCUGUUUGUUGAAAAGGAACUUAAUCUUGAAGUUUUAUACUUUUAGAAAGCAGCGAUGAAUCAGGCUGAGUGGAAGCCAUUUACCUGACCUUGCAAAGAUCUAAAGGACAUUGGACAACACAUUACCGAUAAUGACAUUUAUUGAGGCAACAUGAACUGAAGAAAGGGUGGGUUGUAAUAUAGGAUACGGAACAAACACGGUGAAUUACUCAGGCUAGGAUGUAAUCGAUUGCUUUCAAAUGGUGCCGGCUUCUAGAUAUAGUUUCUCAAAACUUGAUUGAAAUCAAAUAAUUUCAUAUCCGUUCAGUGUUCUUGGCGAUUACGCCAUUUCGUUCCAGCCUUGGUUCCCUGAAUUGCAUGACAAGCGUUGCUUUAUGGUGCUCUUGUCAACAGGGUCCAAAUGGGGACCCAGAUGCCAGUGCUUAAUGAUCAGAUUCUUGGCCAGAACACAGGCCCUCUCCCUUCACCCACAUUCAUUCUCCAAAGCCCUAUAGCAGUCUCUCCCGCUCCCCCUCAGGCAUUUAUUUGCCAGGGCACUGGGGGGACUGAGUCAUCAGCUAUGAGCCUUCGUGAAAGGGAAUUGGAGCCAGGGUUUCAUAAUGUCAAGGGAGAAGCUCCUGGUUAGCUGAGCUAAGGCAGCAUGUCUGGAACCUCCUGUCCCAAAUCUUCUAGAGGGUAGGUAAAAGAGGUGAGCCAAUGUUAGUAGCUAGGCAUGGUUUCCCUUAGCAACGUCAACUUUGCCAUUGGCUGAACACAGAGCCUCUGCCCACAUUAAACUGCUUAAUCGCAAAGGUCCAACUCAUUUCUCAAAUUCAGCUUUGUUUAAUGGUCUCCUUCUUGGUUGACAGUAGUCAUUUUACUUUCUAAUAUGUGAACAUUUUAUUGCUACUUGUAUAUUAUUACUGUUGAGGCUGAUUUUUUUUUUGCUGUGAUAAAAUGAAUGAUGCAAAAACGUGGGUUCUGACUUUAUUUUGCAUUCUGCCACUUCUGAGUAAACCGUGGUAAGCUAUUA